CUGUAACACUCUUUUCUAUAUUUGUCAGUGACAACUGGCAUCGGUUUUAUGGACGUCUGUCCACAGUAGAGAAAAAUGCAAUAAAUUAUGGCAAGUUAUAGAGAAAAUCGGCCCCGUGUAACUGAGCCGUCGAUAUGCAGCUGCCUGUGAUAUGUCCCGUUCCAGACAUCCGACUCCCCUGAUGACACAAGGGUAAUCUUCCGACUCGAAAAUAUCAUGAAAAGGAAAUCAGUUUUGAUCACAACACGUGGGAAUUUAUCACUCUUUCCAACGUUGUUUGACCACCAAAUAUCAAAUUUCGAGCGAUGAGGUUUAACAAACAGGAGCUUAUGACACUAGCGACUCAACCUUCCCAGGAAUUCGAUAAAGAAGGUGUCCUUAUAAUUAAAGAGAGACAAGAAGGUUUUUUUAGGAGAACCGACAGAAGAGACAGCAAAAGAGGAAAAAAGACUAAGGGUUUGCAGGAGCUGAGCUGCUAUAGUGGAGCCAAUAAAGUAAGUCAAGAAAGAUGGUGUCGCUUACGUGGGAACCUGCUGUUUUACUUCAAAAAUCAUUAUCAGUGGUCCGAGCCUGUUGGAGUCAUUGUUUUGGAACAGUUUACCAUUAAAAUAGAUCCAGCCGGUUUGGAACCUUAUUAUGGUUUUACAAUCGUGUUUGAAGGAGGGAUGGAGCAGCAAUGCGGUACGAGCUCAGAGGAAGAACGAAACUCUUGGCUUGAAGUUAUACAAAUGUCUGGUUACGCCAAAUUAAGAGCCAAGUUAUUGCACUUAGAACAAAAGCUAGAACUAAAAAGAGGGCAUGAUCCUGACCUGGAUGUGCAAAUGUGGAGAUUGAGGAGGGGAAAUACAAUAGAUCCUGCAGAAUUACCAAUUUGUGAGGUUUCUUUAUCAUGUGAUAAUUUGUUGUGCGACGGUCAUGGAAGGCCACCGUCUUCUCUGGUCACUGCUCAUGUUUUUGUGCCAUCGGCAGCUGUUUGGCUUAAAUAUUCCAACACAGAAAUUAUCCAGAGGAGUAGCAAUCCAAGUUUCUUGUGUACGAUAAGUUUCCGGUCUAGCGAUGGGUUAAUUAGUGAUUCCAAAAUCAAAUUUACUGCGUUUGAUGUUAGAGAAACUAUAUCACACACAUCAACACCAAUCGGAAAUGCUUGUGUCACACUAGGCACUCUUCAGGAUAACGAUAAACUGAGAAUUCCUUUAAAAGGUAACAGCAAUGCCACUGUUGGUUUUUUAAGUAUAAUUGUUUGGUCACAUGAAAGGGAGAAGAGCAAUUUGAGCACAGAAAGCACCCCUUUAAAAACAAUUUCAAAUCACGACGUGAAAGUGUGCUGUCAUCGCAGAUCGCAAUCUCUUCCUCCGCGCCUAGGAUGUAAACUAAAAUUACCACGCCAAGGGGAUUUCAAGAGUUGGUUCGGAAAUGCAAAUAUCCAUACUUACCGAUUUCAUUCAGGUCUCGGUGGUGAUAUAUGUGUUCAAGAAGUAAUGGCAGAGAGCACUCUGUGUUUCCUUUUUCCACAACAACUUCUUGGACUUUGGAUAAAUGAAGAAAAGGAACUUCUUCAGGAAGUUGCUGGUAUCGGAGAGCUAGUUGAACCAUGGCAUUCUUUACAAGUACAGCUAUUAGAUAAGCACUUAUAUUUUAUGAGACUCUAUUCUCAGGCGAAACAGAACCUACAAGCUCAUAAAGGGAGUUUUUUUAAGCCAUCUUCUCGAAAACUGGAUAAAUCCCUUGAAUUUGCACCUGUAAAUCUUCAUCUUCAAAGAAUUUGGGUGCAAAAUGAUACUCUUAAAAAAUGUGGAUUCUACGAUACUAUUACAGUUGGGGCAUUUACCGCUCAUUCACAUAAAUCCAAAACUGGUGGUCUUAUCAAGCUUCUACAACAAUUAAAAGAGUCUCCGAUAAAGAGCAAGCUAGACGCUCCCAGUAUUGAUAAAAUUGUCGUGGCACAUGAUGCCAUACAAGCUAUAAAACAGUUGAGACGAGAAGUCGUGGAAGCUAUGAGAUUGUUGAUGAAAUUAGCAAAAGAAAAGAAAACCCCCGGGAUGUUGUCCAUUUGUGAUGAUAUGGUGAAAAAGACAAGAACACUUUUGACACUGUGGGAUGCUGGAUUGGUAGAAGAGGCAUUAACAUUUGUAGAAGAACAUAAGGUGACAGAACCUUUGACACAAGAAGAAAUUCCGAUGUCUCCAUUCAAGAGAAUAACCCAACAUUUGCAAUUUCAUGAUUUUAAAACUACCGAUGAAGAACCUGUAACACCCGAUAGUCCCACUCAUAAUUGUCAUUCAUUUUGGAGCGCACAUUCAACGAGAAGAACAACUUAUGUCCCCUAUUCUGAUUAUGAAGAUGAAGAGAAUAAAAUAGAUGAAAACUCAAAUGAAAUGAAUGAUCAACUAGAGGAUAAUAUAAGAUGUAUAAAUAAUCCUGAUGAAGAAGAUAAUACAAAAGAAGAGGAGUUGUCAAAAGUGGAAGUUGUAUCAAAUGGCCAUGAGCAUGAAGUCGGGCGCAUGUUUUUAGAUACCCAUGCAAUGUGUAGCUCACCCUCGGCGAAUUAUUACAAACCUACUGACGAGCCUGAACCUUGGGAUUUGACCCAGCUCAACAUCGAAGCUAGUGUUAUGUGUCUGGUGAGCAAAGUGAAAUUCCUAUGCGGACGAUGUGGUUCUCCAGCUGUGCGACUAAGAAGCUCUAACAAUUCUAUUGCAAGAUCACAAAGUUUUCGCUCAGAAUUGUGCACACAAAAACAAGAACAAUCUUUUAGCCAGACAUACAACACUGAAGAAAACUCAAAAACUUUAAGCAAUGACGGUAUCAAUCAAGUUACCGAAAAGACCAAUUCAGUUAGGAAUAAAUUCACCGAAGGUUUGGAGCUAACUAAUAUUGUAGAUUGGACUCGAGAAUUAAGACCUAGUAUGAAAAAGUUGCGUCAAGCUAUGGACGGCCUUUUGAAAACAGCCCGGUUGACUCACAGCGUUUUUAGACUGCAAGAAGAUAACAAAGCUGCACAAAGAUCGUGUUAUGUCCGAUAUCGCAGAAAUGUUUGUUUUUCACAUGCAUUGACUUCAGUCGUCACUGGCCUCAUCGCGAGGCUUUGCUGUCAAAAUCCAGAUCCUACUUUUCUUCACAUUCUGAGCAGUGUUGGCCCAUUAGUCAUAUUCGAAGGGCUUUUGAGUUACUACGGAGGUGAAAUAGAUAUGUGGGGAGAUAUGGUUGUGGCUAUAGAAGAUCUUAGCACUGUGACUUUUAAACUGACCCAGUAUACAGCAGGUUCAAAGCAAAAUGCGCAACAGCCAAAAAUAACAGGAUCUAGGCCAUCCCUCGGAGUAGUUAUACCAGUUCCAGAGGCAGUAUAUUCACUCCUUCCUCUCACAUCGACUUCAAACAGCAUUUCUUUUAAUAUCACGCCAGUUUUUUUUAACGUUGGAAUUAAUGAGGCUGCCACCUUAGCCGAAAGCAUUGGCAAUACGAAAGCUCAUGACAAAAGCAAUGCUGAUAAUUUCUGCCGGCUUAAUGAGUACUACCACAGAUAUCGAAGGCUUGGAUUUUUACCACAAUCAACAGUCAAAGGUAUGCCAUAUUGCAAGUCAAACACAACUCUAAACGAUUUGAUGAGUCGUCUAAAACACGAAGUUGAAACACCAAAAUCAAAAAAUGUCCAAAUACUUCAAUUAGCUGGCCAUAUUUGUAGAAAAAUGAAAGGUAUUAGAUUUACAAGCUGUAAAAGUGCCAAAGAUAGGACUGGUAUGUCAGUUACUCUUGAACAAGUAAACAUUCUUAGCUCCGAAUAUGACUUAGCUGAGCAUGAAUAUCAGAAAGCCCUUGACUGCAUGAGAAGUGAAGGAUGUCGAAGAGAGAACAGCUAUAAAAAUGUGGGCAUAAGAAAGUAUGCUUUUAAUAGUUUACAACUGUUCACAUUACCAAAGUUAUACAGACCUCCAGCAGGAACUUACGGCUCAGUGCAAACAUAAUUAAAUGUAUUUAUUUUAAAAUAAUUGAUAAAUGUUGUACUGUCUUAUUUAACAAAUGUAGGUUUUAUAUUUAAUUACUAUUAUAAUCAGAUUUUUUUUUUAUUCCAAGGGAAAAGGCUACCUGUUAGUAUUAUUUAAAAACUGUAGUCUGUUUUAGUUGUAUGUGCUAUGGGUAACAGAUCUUCCUCUAAUUAAUUGCACAUUAAUUCAAAGCCACAGAGUUUAUAAAAUUAUGUACCAAGAUACAGAACCUUCCUUAAAUUUAGUUUUUCUUUUUAGUUUCUUGAAUAAACAAUUAUAAAAAUCUUGACACUCAUAGUUUCAGUUAAAAUAGAGAAAAUAAUAGAAAAAUAGUUUUUAAAACUAUACAUUGUAUGCAGUGUAAAAAUUU